AAGAAGAGACAUUAACUAACCUCAAAUCCGUGGCGAGAGUCUGCCUGCUUCGCUUCAUCAUCUUCCAGAAGAGCAGGCUGAGGAGGAAGAAGAGGAAACAAUGGCGUUCACAUUCGCGGCCUUCUGUUACAUGUUGGCGUUGCUGCUGACGGCGGCGCUCAUCUUCUUCGCCAUUUGGCACAUAAUCGCGUUUGAUGAGCUGAAGACGGACUACAAGAACCCCAUAGAUCAAUGCAACACUUUAAAUCCGCUGGUGCUCCCAGAGUAUCUCAUCCACUUCUUCUUCUGCGUCAUGUUCUUGUGCGCGGCCGAGUGGCUAACGCUCUGCCUCAACCUGCCGCUGCUGGCCUAUCACGUGUGGAGGUACACCAGCAGACCCGUGAUGAGCUGCCCGGGACUUUACGACCCGACCACCAUCAUGAACGCCGACAUCCUGGCCUUCUGUCAGAAGGAAGGCUGGUGCAAGCUGGCCUUCUACCUCCUGUCCUUCUUCUACUAUCUCUACGGCAUGAUCUACGUCCUGGUGAGCUCAUAAAGGCGAGCAGGUGCGGAGGCACGGGGACACCUGGAUGUCAGUGCUGGACACGGCAGCGACCGCAGACCAUCGCCAAUCAGCAACAUCACCAAGACGCCAUCUUGAAUCCCGGGGGUCUGCAGCGCUGGUUAAUCGCAACCGUCGUUCAACAUUUUAUGGACUUACCCUCAAAAGGACUGUUAGGCUUUUUUUCCCCCUCUCUCCCGCUCCACAUUUCCCCUGGUUUUCUUCUUCAUGGAUGGAGCGGAUGGUGGUGUUGAUGCUGGGGGUUCUGCUAGGUUGGUUACAAGCUAGUAGAAGACCAGGACGUGUGCAUCAUCAACACAUGACAAUGUUCAAGUAGUCCCACCAGUUCAAAAAGUACACUAAACAAUCAACAGUGAUGUAUUCACUACAAAUACUGACACUUUGUUGUUGUUAAAUGUACUUUUUAUUUCUGUUGUGUUUGUACGUCCAACGCCGACUUAGAAGUCCUGUGUUUGUGUGUCGUAUUUGUAAUGUUCUCACAGCAGCACUCCUCAAAAUGUCACCGGGUCCGGGCCGUCAGACAUAAUCAAGUGUACAUUGUGUCCAGAGAACAGGGUGAACAUUUUACUGUAUCACUUGAUCCCAAAGUGUCACCUCUAGAAGGCUUGAGUUUGACAAAAUAAAACCAUGUAAGUUUG